AACUGGAAGUAGAAUAACUAAAUAUCCUGAUUUAUUUACAUCGACGAUUGAUAUUCUAUAUACUCAUUAAAGUAUAGUUAGCAGUUAUCAAUAUUAAAAAUCAUAACUACGGAUUUACGACGAUGAGUUUGAACAUGAAGACCAGGAUCACUCUGUUUGCUGUAUAUUCGUUAAUUUUCGUCACAUCUGUUGUGUCGUACUAUGGAUUUAAAGGCAGUCAAGAUUCAUUACAUUACCUAAUAGUGCAUUCGGGUAACAUUAAUCUUCAAGUGAAAAACGAAGGUUACCAUAGAAUUCUCCAUACAACAGUCACCGCUGACUAUGAAACAUCAAAUCGUAAAGACUGUGCAGUUACAUUACGAUAUGACUUUCCAGCCGAUAUUUAUGUGGACAAAUAUGAAUUAGCUACAAUUGCUUUCAAUCGAAAAGUGGAGUUUUAUGUUGAUAACAAAUUCAUUGAUGUAGAAACACCAGCUCAUAAAUCUGAUCCAUUUGUUCUAUAUGUUGUUAACUACACACUUCCAGAUACUGCGAAUAAAUUGAUAGAAACUGAAUUUCCAAUUCAUUUAAGAUACCAAAAAGCUGCUGAAGAUAGUCGUUAUAAAGAGGUUCGAUUUGGUGAUGCUUAUUCAGAUGUCCAAGUGCUAUACUUAUGCAAAGGGCCAAGGAAUUCUAAUUGGAAACAGUUCCCAUUAAAUACAGGAGAAUGGGUUCCUGCCAGUUAUGUUAAAGUUAACAAAGAUGUAGUGAUGUAUGUACCUGUAGGAGAUACUAAUAACUUACCAUGGGUAAGCCUUAUUACACAUGGCUUUGUACUAUUGGGUACUUAUUAUAUUCUUCGCCGUUUAAUGGCUACUCCAUCACCAGAUAAUGCUAUUAUCAAACUUGUUCCUGUUAAAUGUUGAAUUGAUCAUAUAUUUAUAUUGGUUGCAAACUCAUUAGCAGAAAACUGUUUGAAGAGACUACUUUUGAAGACUACCUAUUUAUUUUAUGUUAAUUAUGUUUUAAUUAUAAAUUAUUUUAAAAAUCCUAUACAUAUUUAAAAAUGUUAUGUUA